AUGGCAAACAAAAACAAGAAAACACCUAUACCAAAAAAAACCAAUAUCACUGAAGAUAUUGAAGACGAUGAUUACGAUACUGGUGAUGUUCCACGAACUAAUUUGUUUCAAACUAAGUUUGGUUUCCUAGCUUCUGACGAUGAAAACGAAGGUGGGAAUAAUCAUAAUGAUGAUGAUGAUAAUAAUGAUGAAGAUACACCAGCUGUCAAAGCCACAUCAAUCUCAACUUCUUCAAAAAAGAAAUCAACAACAAAAAAGAAAGCUCAAUCGUCAAAAACUAAAAAAGAAGAUGACGAAAUUGACUCAUUAUUAGCUGCUAUUGAAUCAACCAGUGUAUCAUCAAAAAAAAGCGGAAAUAAAAAAAAUAAACAAGCAACAACAGUAACGUCAAAUGUUGAUGAAGGAAAUUUUAAAGAAGGUGAAGGACAAGAUCUAGAAGAUAUUUUGAAAGAAAUCGACGAGAAAUUCGAUGAAAAAGAUCGUAAAAAAGAAGCAAAAAAAGAUAAAAAGAAAAAGAAAGAAACUAAAGAAGUAACAGUAGAAACAAAACCAACUAAAAUUGAAGACAUUAAAGAAAAAGUAACGAUUCAAUCGGAAGUUUUAUUGACCACUGUUAAGCCAGAAGCUCCAGACGAAGAAUCAUCGACUGCCGGUACCGAUGAUAAAAAGACAUCAUCAAAGAGUAAAAAGAAAGCCGCAGCUGAGAAGAAAGCCAAAGGUGGUGUUGAUGCUAAAACUUUAAGUCUUAUGAAAGAAUUUCAAAAGAUUCAAGAAGAAGCCAAAUUGAAAGCACUUAAAGACGAGGAAGAAAAACAACGUUUACUAGAGGAGCAUGAAAAUCAACGCGAAGAAAAAUUACGUUUAGAAAAAGAACGUCGUGAAAAAAAGAAACUAAAAGAAAAAGAGCGCAUACAAAGAAAAAAAGAAGAGGGUUCUUAUCUAACAAAAGAACAACGAGAGAAACUCGAGCGUGCUCGUGUUCAAUUGGAAGCUGCUGGAGUACAAGUGCCAGCAAGAGUUACAACACAAGCAGUCGUAAAUAAUGGAGAACAACCAGUUAAAAAACGAGUUAUCUAUGAAGAUCGAAGAAAGAAAACACAAACGAAUGCAAAACAAGCCGAGCCUACAAAUGCCACGUCACAAUCAGUUACUACAUCGAGUGAAACUGACAAAAAACUUUCCACUAAAGAACAAACCAAUACGAAAGAUAAUUGGGAAGAAGAAGACAACUUGAAAGAUAACUGGGAGCAAGAAUCUGAAGAAGAAAUAACAGCUGAUACUGAAGAACCUGAAACUCCAUCAACAGGAGCUGAUCGCGUAAGUUUGAAAACUGCAGCUUCUGUUCCAUCAACAAGAACAACAGUUACACACGAAGAACAUGCUGAAAGUUCAGAAGGUGAAUCCUCCGAUGAAGAAACUUCAUCUGAUGAAAGUGAUGACGAUAGUUCAUCAAGUGCCGAUGGUGAAAAUGAUCACAUAACACCAAUGGAACGUGUACGUCGUCGUUUACAACGACGUCAUGUUACAUAUGAAGGUCGUCGUUCUUCUGAAGUACUUCGGGCACCUGUUAUUUGUGUAUUGGGCCAUGUUGAUACUGGUAAAACGAAAAUUUUGGAUAAUCUACGUCGAACGCAUGUGCAAGAUGGUGAAGCUGGUGGUAUAACACAACAAAUCGGUGCAACAAAUGUACCAUUAGAAACACUACGCGAACGAACGAAAAUGUGUAGAAAAUUAGUCACACGUGAAGGUGAUUAUCUUAUUCCAGGUCUUCUAAUUAUUGAUACACCUGGACAUGAGUCAUUUAAAAAUUUACGAUCACGUGGUUCAUCACUUUGUGAUUUGGCUAUACUUGUUGUUGAUUUAAUGCAUGGAUUAGAACAACAGACACUGGAAUCGAUAAAAUUGCUACUUGACAGAAAAACACCAUUUAUUAUUGCUUUGAAUAAGAUCGAUCGAUUAUAUAAUUGGAAAAGUGAUAAUAAAAGAAAUGUUGAACAAGUUCUACAAGAACAAAGUCCAAAUACAAAAAAUGAAUUUGAAAAACGAUGUAAUGAUAUCAUUGUUCAAUUUGCUGAACAAGGUCUCAAUGUUGCACUUUAUUAUCAAAAUUCUGAUCCAAACGAAUUCUAUUCUAUGAUACCAACAUCAGCGCAUACUGGUGAUGGAAUGGGUUCAUUAAUUGCAAUGAUUCUUGAAAGAUGCCAAACCACGCUUGCUAAACGUCUAUCAUAUACUGAUGAAUUACAAGCAACUGUUAUGGAGGUAAAAGCAAUUGGUGGUCUGGGUACAACAAUCGAUGUUGUUCUUGUUAAUGGACAUUUACGAGUUGGUGAUACAAUUAUUGUUGCUGGUCAAGAAGGUCCAAUUGUAACACAAGUUCGAGGUCUUCUCAUGCCAGAGCCAAAUAGAGAACUACGUGUUCGAAAUCAAUAUCAAAAUUAUAAAGUAGUAAAAGCUGCUCGUGGUAUUAAAAUUGCCGCUAAAGAUUUAGAAAAAUCUAUGGCUGGUUUGCCGUUAUUUGUUGGUCGAACAGAUGACGAAGUUGAAUAUUUCAAAAACGAAAUUCAAACUAUUCUCAAAACAGCUCUUAAUUCAAUCAGAUUAAAAGAAAACGGUGUUUAUGUUCAAGCAUCAACAUUGGGCUCAUUGGAAGCAUUGCUUGAGUUCUUAAAAACAUCCAAUAUUCCGUAUGCUGGUAUCAAUAUUGGACCUGUUCAUCGUAAAGAUAUUAUUCGUGCAUCAACUCAAUUGGAACGAGAGCCACAAUGGGCAGCUAUUUUAGCAUUCGAUGUUCGAAUUGAAAAAGAUGCUCAAGAUCAUGCAGAUAAUGUUGGAGUGAAAAUCUUUCAAGCCGAUAUAAUUUAUCAUCUAUUUGAUAUGUUUAUUGCUCACCGUGAACGCCUCAAAAAAGAAAACCAAGAAAAAUUUCGACAUCUUGCUGUAUUUCCAUGCAAAUUAAAAGUUUUACCACAGUAUAUAUUUAAUUCUCGUGAUCCAAUUAUAUGUGGUGUUACUGUUGAAGAUGGUUUUGUUAAAUUAGGUACUCCAAUAUGUGUUCCAUCAAAAGAAUUUAUUGAACUUGGUCGUGUUGUUAGCAUUGAAUUAAAUCAUAAACCAUUAGAAAUAGCGAGAAAAGGUGCAGAAAUUUGUAUUAAAAUUGAACCAGUUGGUGGUGAAGCACCAAAAAUGUUUGGCCGACAUUUUGAUGAAACUGAUAUAUUGAUGAGCAAAAUUUCUCGUGAAUCGAUUGACGUUGUUAAAGAUCAUUUUCGUGAUGAUAUGCAAAAAUCUGAUUGGCAGCUAAUGAUUGAAUUAAAAAAGAUAUUUAACGUUCUUUGA